AUGUCAGCUAUAUCCAAUCAGUUAGCUCGGUUUUGGGAAGUAGAUAAUUAUUCGCAAACCAAAGAACUCUCAAUCGAAGAACAAUCUUACUACAAUAAUAAGCCGUUAGCGGAAAAAUACAUCGAAUUCAUGCGACAGUAUGAAAGUCUGGGUCAUAUAGUCAGGGUCGAUGAUUCCGUUAUGAAUAUAUACGCGUAUUACAUGCCUCAUCACGGAGUACUCAAAGAAAGCAGUUCAACCACUAAAUUACGUGUCAUACUUAUGACAACCGACCAUCGCCCCCUACAAAGAAUUGUGUGGAGAUCGAACCCGACCGAUCCUAUUCAAACAUUCGAGUUACAAACUGUCACAUAUGGGGUAGCUUCUAGCUCUUUUCUCGCAAUUAGAUGCCUGUUUGAGUUGGCGAAGGAGUUCGAGGCGUCACAUCCCAAGAUUGUACAAAUUAUUAGAGAAUCGAUGUAUGUCGAUGACAUAAUUUGUGGAGCUCACUCAAUUCAAGAAACAUCACAGAUUUCCGGCGAGCUAAAGCGCAUUCUCAGAUCAGGCGGAUUCGAGCUUAAAAAAUGGGUAGCAAAUCAUCCAGACAUUCUCAGUGAUAUAGGUAGUUCAGACGAUCCUAAUGAUGUUCUAGAAAUAGGUGCGAAUCAAAGUAUAAAGACUCUAGGGCUCUCAUGGUCCUGUCAUUCAGAUCAUCUUAUUUAUCAGAUCAACAUUGACAACUUAGAAAAACAGCCGUCCAAGUGGACCAUGCUCUCAGCGAUUUCGAAAAUAUUUGAUCCGCUAAGAUUACUCAGCCCAUGUGUCAUUAUCGCAAAGAUAAUGCUGCAGGAAUUAUGGCUAAACAAAUAUGGUUGGGACGAAUCGGUAGCAAGCAAGAUCGCAGAGAAGUGGGAAAGGUUCAAAUCAGAACUUUCUCUCUUGAAGGAUUUGCGCAUCAUCCGUUACGCAUCUUGCCCUUCACCAGAGCGCGUAGAAAUCCACGGAUUUUCUAACGCAAGUGAGGCGGCCUAUGGUGCAUGUAUAUACAUGCGUUCAAUAAAUGCGCAUGGCAGGGUAUUCGUGCAUCUAUUGUGCGCUAAAACUAAGGUCGAUCCUUUGAAAUCCUUAACCAUUCCAAAAUUGGAGCUUAAUGCUGCCGUCAUCCUAGCUAAACUCAUAAAGAAGACAUUUGUGAGCAACUGCGUAAACGAAAUUCAGUCUCUGUCUAAUUCACUAGAAUGGAGACACGUGUCCACAAAGGAAAAUCCAGCAGAUUUAUUAUCACGAGGUUUAGUGCCAAAACUUCUAAUGACAUCUUCCCUAUGGUGGGAAAGGCCUUUUCCAAAACACUGA